CCUCUUUUCCCCAUUCGAGCCGAGGACCCAGCAGGAAGAAAGAAAGAGGCAGAGCCGCCGCCGCACUAGCCGGAGUCGACAAUCUCAGGUUCGUUUCUUCAUUCGUGUAACGGAUUACUUCAUGUCUGUGUUUUCCUUCAUUCAAUAGAAUAAUCACUUGUUUCACAUAAAAGUAGUAAUAUCCACGGUCUGAUUAUGAUGACAGGUCUGCAUUAGUUCAAUAAUAAUAGCUCAAUUGAAAUCCCUCAGUAUCGCGUCAUUUUUUUAUACGCAAAGUUUUUGUUCUUUGUGUUCGAAAAGAAUUAGGAAAUGGCUAUGGAUACACGAAAGUGCUUACUCAGGCGUACAGUGUUAUCUGUUGCUUAUAAAGUCUAGUUUAAAAUCAUGUAUUUUCGGUAAUUACGAAUCUGGUUUAGCAUAUAUGAUUAUACUUUCUCUACUCUAAAGAUAAACUCGAUUCAAAAUCUAAUUGACGCCUUCCUAGGCCCCACGUAUUUUCUCCAGUAUGUUUGUUGUAUUUGAUGACAAUAAUGAGAAGUUUUAAUGGAUCUAUUGCUUUUAGCAGUGAAAAUGGCGGACACCAAGGCAGUGACUAUUCGAACAAGGAAGUUCAUGACAAAUAGACUUCUUUCCAGGAAGCAAUUCGUUAUUGAUGUGCUUCAUCCUGGCAGGCCAAAUGUCUCCAAGGCUGAAUUGAAAGAGAAGUUAGCAAGGAUGUAUGAGGUGAAAGAUCCAAGUUCCAUCUUUGUAUUCAAGUUCAGGACCCAUUUUGGUGGAGGAAAAUCUACUGGUUUUGGUUUGAUCUAUGAUUCUGUUGAGAAUGCUAAGAAAUACGAGCCAAAAUACAGACUUAUCAGGAAUGGAUUGGAUACCAAGAUUGAGAAGUCAAGGAAACAGCUAAAGGAAAGGAAGAACAGGGCAAAGAAGAUUAGAGGUGUAAAAAAGACAAAGGCUGGGGAUGCUGCCAAGAAGAAGAAGUGAGAGGCAUUGAGAGGUUUUGUAUGGUUAUUUUGCAUGUUUGUUUUAGCAUUUUUGAAGUUGUAUUUCUUGGAAUUAAGUUAAAUGUAGGUUUUCAACUUUUAAAAAAAAUGGAGAUUGGUAUUCUGUAGUUUUAUCUUGGACUUCGCUCUUCUUGUUGGUUCUCUUUAAAAUAUUUUCGUGUUUCAAGUUGUAUUGCUUCCUUUGUGUUAUGUAGAGGAUGCUAUCGUCUACCAUCCAUUAAAACAUUAGCAAUUCUAGACUUUUAAAUAUGUUGCUCAAUAAAAAAUGUAUAUUACGAGCUUUGAGCUUUUAUCAGUAAACUGCCU